UACAGAAUGUAUGAAGAGGAUGGCCCAGGUUAUAACUUGAUUCACGAAGAAUUCACUCCUGCCCGUCCGACUUCUCUUCCAAUCAGUUCUUCAACUGAUUUGAUUCUAGAUGAUCAGAGAAAAAGAUUACGAAAUUGCAGAAAGACAUUGGAUGCAACUGAAAAGGAGUCUAAGAUAAUGGACCUGGAAAUAGCAAAGCUGCAACUGAAAAUUCAGGAGUGUCUCGACAAAACUGCUUCUAACGACCGUCUAGAACAUGAACUGAAUGCGAUGAUAGAGAAUCAGUUGAAAGAAAAAGACAACCAGAAAAAGCUGAUCAAUGAAAUGAGUUUCGAGAGACAAAAAUCAGGCGAGAGUCGACCGUUCUACAACUGCUAUGACUUUGUAUUUAGUGGAGAAGCACCACUAGACACAGUGACUAUUGCCAGUCUGGAGGAGGAGUGGGCGUGUCCGGUAUGUAGCGCGCCAAACAACAUGGUCUGGAGAACCUGCGGGGAAUGUGGCCACACCCCCACUGAUAUCAACAACUGUGUCAUUCUCAGGAGCUAGUGGUAUCAACAACUGUGUCAUUCUCAGGAGCUAGUGAUAUCAACAACUGUGUCAUUCUCAGGAGCUAGUGGUAUCAACAACUGUGUCAUUCUCAGGAGCUAGUGGUAUCAACAACUGUGUCAUUCUCAGGAGCUAGUGAUAUCAACAACUGUGUCAUUAUCAGGAGCUAGUGGUAUCAACAACUGUGUUAUUCUCAGGAGCUAGUGAUAUCAACAACUGUGUUAUUCUCAGGAGCUAGUGGUAUCAACAACUGUGUUAUUCUCAGGAGCUAGUGGUAUCAACAACUGUGUUAUUCUCAGGAGCUAGUGUUAUCAACAACUGUGUCAUUCUCAGGAGCUAGUGGUAUCAACAACUGUGUCAUUCUCAGGAGCUAGUGGCAUCAACAACUGUGUCAUUCUCAGGAGCUAGUGGUAUCAACAACUGUGUCAUUCUCAGGAGCUAGUGGUAUCAACAACUGUGUCAUUCUCAGGAGCUAGUGGCAUCAACAACUGUGUUAUUCUCAGGAGCUAGUGAUAUCAACAACUGUGUUAUUCUCAGGAGCUAGUGGUAUCAACAACUGUGUCAUUCUCAGGAGCUAGUGGUAUCAACAACUGUGUCAUUCUCAGGAGCUAGUGGUAUCAACAACUGUGUUAUUCUCAGGAGCUAGUGGUAUCAACAACUGUGUCAUUCUCAGGAGCUAGUGGUAUCAACAACUGUGUCAUUCUCAGGAGCUAGUGGUAUCAACAACUGUGUCAUUCUCAGGAGCUAGUGAUAUCAACAACUGUGUCAUUCUCAGGAGCUAGUGGUAUCAACAACUGUGUCAUUCUCAGGAGCUAGUGGUAUCAACAACUGUGUCAUUCUCAGGAGCUAGUGGUAUCAACAACUGUGUUAUUCUCAAGAACUAGGGAUGUAAACAUUAUCAAUGUUAUCGGUAGAGAUGAAAUAUCUCAUGUUCAAACAUACCCUGGCUACAUCUAAAAAUACAUUGCUUUACUAUUCGUAACUAGGUUAAUUAUUGUUAGUUACUGAUCACAAUGUAUAUAUAAUGAUUAAAAUCGUAUACACUAUACAUGUGUAUCUAAUGAUUAUAUGUACAUAUUUUACGUCAAGAAAAAUGAAACCAGCUGUGUUUUACACGAUUAGAAUCUCAGUCAAUAUCUUUUUAGACACGUGGUCAGAAUGAUCCGUGUAAUGUGAUAUGGCAUUUCUCGGGUGUGGAUUUUACCUCCCUUGUGUGUGUUUGAUAAUUAUUUGUAAUUGUACUCUUAUCCUUGUUGAUUGUAUUGCUUUUGUUACAUUCACUAUAGGUGAUAAGCCUGGAGAA